AUGUCGCUUCAUGAAGAUCCGGAGCGCCCUUGGCGCCUCAUGUAUGAAGACCCGGAGCGCUUGGCGCUUCCUCCCUGCAUCUCGACGAGCGCCGUCUUACCGAGAUCGCCGGAGGAAUCCUUGACGUUCCGUCAAGGCCAGACCACGCUCAGCUUCAGUAGACUCACUCGAGUCGUCGCUGAGAAGACCUAUCCUAGUUCGCACACGCCGACCUACAGUCGACGUAACACCUGGCCGACGCAGUUGGGGCGGUAUGCCCAAAAAGUGAGAUGGGUGCCACUUCUAGGCCCAGACUUUACAGUACAGGGACUGCAAUUUGACCUUCUUAAGGAUGAGGUUUAUGGGGAAUGGGAGGAGUUUGUUCAUCCGUCCGGAGUCACCUAUUACUACAAUAGGACAAGGAACACAUACACUGGAUUGAACAUAAGAGAUUGCUCUCAGGAUCGCAUUGAUAAGUUUGAAGCUUGGAUCAAAGUAACACGAGGCCGAGUACAGGGAGAUCUCAUCUUGGUCGCUGAGCCAGUGAGGACUCAGAACGUGGAUGGGGAUGUCUACCUUUAUUAUCUGGUGGCGCUGGAGGCACGCAUCAUCAGCUGGCUGGAACCCUUAGAUGGACUCGAACUUGAGGCCCAAUUUUGGAAGCAUGUAGAGUUUUUUCCCCGAGACUUCAAGUUGGAUCACAUCCUUCUACGACAAUUGCACGCUGAACUUGAUUGGUUUCACGCAGACACAUUAACAUUAGAAAGUUCCACCUCAGUGACUAUAUUUUCCAACAGGGAGACAAUGGAGAAAAUCAUCAGCCGAUUAGCCAGUCUCGGUAUGUUCCCAUGUGUUGCUCUAUCGCACCUUGACGACCGGAUAUCAGAUGAUCUUGCAGGAUCUGAAGGAAUCAUAACAGAACCAAGUGUUGCAUUGCUUGACUAUAUCACUUGCUUCGCCAUCAUCAAUACCUCAACUAUUUUGGCCAACCUGAAGCUUGCCUAUUAUGAACCCACUCAAUGGGCCCAGGGACUAAAAUUUUUGGUUCGCGAACAUCUCAAGCAGAUCUAUGUCGACGGCCUGGUCAAUUACCUUGAUCUCAAAAACUUCAUUGAUGACUUUAACACCCAGAACAACGUGCAAAUCACCUUAGCAGGGGUAAUCAUGGCAAUUGACGCCAGGUUCCUUGCUGUGCAAGGUGUUGGUACUGGACUGAUUGCAGAGUCUAUUUUGAAGGGAUCUAUCAUUUUCUGUGUAGGCUGCCUGUUUGCAGGCAUGUUCGCACAACACUUCAGCGAGAAAUUGAAAUCUUUGUGA